CGCCAAGUCGUUUAUGUUUAAAGGAUGUAAUAUUGUGUAUAUGCACGCGUUCAUUCAAGUUUUUGUAUUUAGAGGACUAUUAGGCGUGGAAAGGACCAGUGAACAUGUGAUGUACAUUCUGUGGGAGCCUGCACACUGCGAUAAUAUACAGGCCGAAUAUUAUGAUGAUUAUUUUAGCAUUUCUAUGACCAUGCCAAUUGAAUUUACUGACGACAAACUAACAACUGGUAUGGACAUCACGCCAUUUUAAAGAGAGAAAAAAGUAAGAUGGCAUCGAAUGAAGAUAUCAUUACAAGAGGCCACGAGCAUUAUCUGAGGUAUUUAUUGCUGCUUGGCCAAGCUGCACCUGUCGCUUUGAAAGCAUUAUGUAGGAGACAAGAAUUAAAUUCAGGGACAACUCUGAAUUCUCUUAUUCUUGAAAAGAAGGAAACGUUCAAGCAGUCGCAAAGUGAACAUUUUGUUCAGUUGUUUCAUGAUGAUUCAGUUAAUACGAAUAUAGAGUCAUGGGACACACAUCUAUUAUGUGUAGUUUUAUCUGUAUUAUUUGAACAACGUUUAUCAAGUCCCGAACACGAGGGAAUAGAUUGCAUUAGGGACCAAAGGAAAGACUUGGAUAAUUUCGCGUCAUCGGCUUCUCUGAGCUUCAACACUUUCAAAAGCAAAUGGGACCCACUACAUAAAGCAUUACUGGAACUAAGUAAAGAUAUUGAUGACCAAGCCAAACUCGAAUGUAAAUUGAUGAUUCAUUCAUUCUAUUCGGAACCAAUCACUGUAAACUGGAAAUUGAUAAAUAAGUUCAUGAAGAUCAGAGAUGUUGAUAUGCACGUUAAGCUUGCCAUAGAAGACAAAGUUGUUCCAAAAAUACAUGGCGAGAAAGAGGAGUUGAACGGUGGAAAUGGAGAAACAACAGUAUCAGUGGACAAUGGCGAAAAUGAAGAACAUGAAGAAGAGACAGACGAUGUUGACAGUACAGAUUUACGGCAAGAUGAGGAAGUUGCAUUUUUCAUCGAAAACCUUCAGGACACGUUUGUCUAUGUUGGUGAUCCAGCUAUUCUCACUUGCAAACUCAAUGUGGCUGAGAAAAUAGUGACGUGGCGGAAGGAUUUCAACAUAGUUGAGGAAACAGAAGCGUUGAAAUUUCUAAAUGAUAGAUCUUCUCACUGGCUUGCUAUUUCGAGUACAAUGCAGAAAGACACAGGAAACUUUUCUUGUGUUUGUGGUUCUGCUUCAACUGCAGCUAUGCUGAAAGUAACAGAGAAACCUUUGAAGAUUAUCAAAGAGAUACAAGUAGAGUUAGACGGAAUGGAGUGCAGAGAGAAUAUGGAUAUCGAUCUUGUUUGUAAGGUCAACUUACCCACGAAGAAACCUAUCUGGCGUCAUAACAACAUUCCCAUUAACAGUAACAGAAUCUCUGCAUCAGCUACCGAACUAGAACACAAAUUGACAAUUCUGAAUGUAAGGUUUGAAGACGAAGGCGAAUACACUGUUGAUUUUGGUGACGUCACAUCGAGUACUAUCCUAGUAAUUAAAGGUAACGUCGAUUUGAUACACAAGAAACAGCUUACUGAAGAACUUUACAAGAACUGGAUACGAUGUGCCCUAGGCUUAAAGUACUUAAAGUUUGCUUUAGAGGGUGUUUCCGAUAGGCUUGUUAGGAACCAACAUAGUGAAUUCAUGAAAAGUCUGGAAAAUUAUGGCACAGAGUGUACACAAUGUUCUGUCGAGAGUCUUCUUCCCUCGCACAAUGAAGAGAAGAAGAAAAAGAAUUGUAGAAACAAGAAAUGUUUAUGUGCACAACAUUUGCAGAACCGCGUGUUUUGCCCCAGCGGAGGGUUUUGUAGCCAGUUUUAUGAUCUUGUGGUUCAGGGCCACCGGUUUGUCGAUCCACUGCUAGCAAAUACGGACAUUCAGAAUUGGAGCAGUGAACCUUGGAGCGUAGCAACCUGCUAUAUAAGUACUACAGGCUAUAAGGGCAAGACAUCAGCGAAGGAAAUAGAUUGUGCUGGAUUAUUAUCUUUGUUCAUGAAUGAUCUUUUCGUCCAUACAAGUCUCGGGGAUGUGUAUAUAGACGGAGAAAAAGACCUGUUUAAACAGGCGAGAGAUGCUCGUAAUGACAUACUUCACAACCCCAAUUAUGAGAUUUCCGAGGGUCAGCUUGAUGAGUACAUAGACUUGUUCAAGAACGUUUUGGAGAUUAAAGACAUGAAAGGCGUGACGCCAUUGCUUAGCGAGUCUGGUGUCAAAGCAGCCAUUCACGGUCUAAAUGAGUUGAAGAAUAAACAGAUAGAUAUACAUAUUUUCGAAGAUCUUCAACAACACAUUAAGAACCUGCGAGAACAUGCUAUGAAUGAAGUGGCAGAAAAGUUCGAACAAGCCGAGAAGGAGAAAGACAUUAGAAUACAACAUCUUGAAGAAAAACUUCAACAGACUGAGAAGGAACUACGUUUAAUGAAUGACCUGCGAUCAGUUCUUGAAACAAGAAAGCAGUCGAAAGAGCAGAAAGUUCCUUUCGAGCUUGAAUUACACAUACGAGUACUUCGUACAACGAGAGAAUCAUCAGUUCAAGGAAACAGUCUUGUAUAUCGCCUGUUGACAGCGGAUGUAAACAACCAUAGCAACAGGACGAUUGUACCUCUUGAUUAUUCAACUACGCACACGUACCAGAAAACUAUCCAGUCGGUAAGGAGCCUACUUGGUCACAUAUAUGCCCUCGAACAGACUCAGGUUGGCAGUGUUUUGCAAAGCCAGACAUCUGUUGAGCUUAGAAUCCGGUGUUUUACAUGUAAAGCAGUCAAUCAACUUCUUGCAUACUUCAACGGAAUGACAUUUCAGGAAGAACGGAUUGAGUUGAGAAAAAGUCUAGGGAUAGAAGUGAACGGGGAAAAUACCUAUGAUGUAUUGGCAAGUUGCUCAUCCCAAAGCAUAGAUAACACAAGGAGGCAACUUCGUGAAAGUGGUGUAAUCAAAGAGAUUACCAGUAGUUUUACUUGUAGCAAGCAUCAAAACCGGAAGAUAGUAUGGUAUUGCUCUGAUCACGAACACCUGUGUUGCAUUAUUUGCAGAGAAACAGAUCAUAGAUCAUGUGUUGGACCUAACCGAGCCAUAUCAGAUAAAAGAGAUGAGAAGGUGAUACAAAAAUCCCUAUCCGUUAAAACCAAGAUGGGGUCAUACAAUGUGAAACUAUAUGAUCAGAAAGUUGCAAAACCAGAUGGACCUUCAUGCAGUAUACUUAAAAUCUGUGUAUUACCCAAGGGUAAAAUUCUUCUUGCCGAUCGUGACAAUAGCAGACUUAAGAAACUUGACAAAUCUUACAAGUUAAUCAGUUACUGUGAACUUCCCGAUUACCCCUUUGACGCGUGUUAUGUGGGCAAUCAGACAGCUGCCGUAAGUGUUGGAGAUGCUGGUAUACAGUUUGUGAAUAUAUCAGGUAAAAUGAAGUUGAGGAAAUUAGUGAAACUGGAUCAUUUCUGUUUAGGUCUUGAUUCCCAUGAGGAUAACCUGUAUGUCACGAGCAGGGAUACGGUGUUCAGUUACAAGAAGGACGCUUCUGGGCAGCGUGUUCUUUACCAUAAACAAGAAGUGAAUGAUGAUGAAUCGCUCGGUCACAUAGUUGCCAGUGAGGACGGGAAAUUGCUCUAUUUGUCGGAUGUUAACGGUGGUCUUGUUACCAUAGACAGCACUGGCACUCAUCUGAAUACUUUGAAAAAUGAUGUGCUUCAGGGUGCCUCUGGUUUGUGUUUAGUCAGUGACGGUACUAUUCUUGUCACUGAUGAAAAUACACAUAGUGUGCAUCAGGUUGACUAUAAUGGUGAACUAGUCUUAGGAAAGGUUGUUACAAGGGAGCACAGCACACCAAAACCGUGGUCGGUCUGUUAUGAUAAAAAUCUGGCUAGACUGAUUGUCGGGUAUUUUUAUGAAAACCAUAUUACAGUUUAUGAACUACAAUAAAGAAAUUCACAAGACACUCUAGCACGGUAAAACAAGCCGUGCAUGCUGCAGUUCUGACACAAUACCAAACACACUCCGACGCGAAAAAUGCGCGAUAGCAUCAGAUUCUGCAACUACAAUUCCGCAAUAUUAGGUCAGCAUCCAAUUCAAUAACAAUAUACAGUGUCAUCAAUUUGUAAACAUGCUAUUCCAAUAUAGUGAAAUAAUGGUUAUAUUUCAUUGAUACUAAAAUUCAGCAAGCUCGAUGGCUAUAGAUUAAGAGAGUUUCUCUAUUUUAGUUUAAAAAAUAAUAUAUUUCAUUUAUUGAUUGGUCGAUGAAUAAAAUCAUUGUUUGGAGUUCAGAUGCGAAGGAAUUAUAUCAGAUCACGAGGGCGCAUCUGAACAACAAACAAUGAUUUUAUUCAAGAGCAAAUCACAGUUUUAUAUCUUAUUUAGAUUCUAACACGAUAUUGAGAGUUAUUAUCUACAUAUUUACCAUAUAUUUGCCAGUUUUUGUGUGGUUCUCAUUUCCAGCACGCCCCUGUGAUGUUUAAUGCUAUGACGUAAUAAUUGUGAUAUACAGAAUGUCUGUGUUGCAAAAUAACACACUGUGUCUGUUUCAAGUCUUGUUGUUUAAUAAGUAACAUUUGUUUCUUUUAUACUGUUUCUGUAAUAAAUGUUGUUAAAACGAUGUUGAUUAAAGUUUAUUUUACAAUUCUGAACACAUAUCGUACCAAACUCUAACACAGUGUUACUUCCCCUUAUCGGUACAUUUACCAGUAGAUGACUGUUGCGCUUAUGAUUGUAUGGA